AUGAUGCAACGCAAUAGCCGCGUCCUCGCCGUGCCGGCAGCUGUAGCAACAGGACCGGCGCCGCCGUCGAUCGAGUACACUCUGCGCCGUCCGUUCCUUAUCAUCAGUUUUCUCAAGUUCAUUGCGUCGGCAGUCUACCUCGCGCUCGCAAGCCUGCUCAUGAUCACGGGGACACCGUCGACAGCGAUCAAGUUUCAAAUCUACGCCAUGCAGACCGCGUCGGGUCCGCUGUAUGCGGCGUUCGCACUCUUGCACUUGGUCGCUGCCAUCGAGAUGCUUUUACCGGCGCGCUGUCGACGGCUCCACGCCGCAAGCGGCACCUCACUUCUUCGCAAGGCGCCAACGUGGCUCUCGCAAGCGAUUCAGUGCGUCGUUUUGGCAGUGCAACUCGUCCAAGCGUACAAGCUCAGCGCGAAUGCGGUCUCGAGCGCUGUCACGACAGCCUACUCGCUCACGCUUGUUGCUUCGUGCCUCCUUCCACCGUGGCUCUCCUACUCGUCGCACCCGUCUGACAAGCGCCUCGGGUAUGGCAUGGCGUGGACGACCGAGUACGUUCUCUUGACGCGAUGCUUGGUUCCUGGCACGCUUCUCGAUCUCAUUGGAAAGCUCGUGCUCUUUGGGAUGAGCUACCUCAGCUCGCGCCAGCUCGUGCAAAGCGUCUUGGCUGUUGCCGCGCCCACUACGUCGAGCCGACUCCUCUCGGGGCACCUGCGCGCGCUGGCGUCCGUCAAGGAUACGCUCUCGUUCCGAAAACCUCGGUCGCGCUGUACCCAUGUGUUUUUGAUGGUCCAUCUUGUCAUUGGCAGUAUGGUGCUGGCUAUGGUGUUAUCGCCGCGGCCCGCCUGUCCCGUCGACUGCAAACUCGCGGUCGCGCCGUGGCUAAAGUCGACCUGUCAGUGCAUUCUCUACCAUUUCAACGGCCACGACAAUGUGUCGAUCGAUGCAACGACGCUCUCAAGCGACCGCUUGGGCGACCGCCUCUUCUUCUUACAUCUAACCAACUGCCCGUCGCUUCCUGACCUGCAAUUGUUGGCGCCCUUUCAUAACCUCUAUGGCCUCACGAUUGAAUCCGGGCAAGCCACGUCAUGGGCAAAACGCAAUGCGUCGUGGCCACCGUCGUUGAUGUCGCUCAAUUUGCGCUACAUUCCGCUACGUGACAUUCCAGAAGCCCUUUUGGAGCUACCACCCAACUUGCAAACGCUCUCUAUCACGGGGUGCCUCAACAUCUCGCGACUGCCCACGACGGUCCGCACAUCGUGGGCGGCCGUGGCGUGGUUGAUCCUGAACGACAAUGCGUUUCAUGAAAUGCCGCACUUUCUCGCCAAUUUCUCGUCGCUCGAGAGGCUCGUUGUGUCGACCAACCGCCUUAAAACUCUACCCGAGGCCGCACUCGCGUCGCUGCCGCACUUGACGCGACUCGAAGCUGCACAAAACAGCCUCACGCAGUGGCCAACCCACCUUAUCGACGGCAAGCCCGCGCUGCUACUUGAUCUCAGCAACAAUCCGAUCGCUGCCGUGCCCACCACGGAUGCAAUCGCCUCUCGGUUGAUUAUACUCGACGGUAGUGACUACUGCAAUGCGACCCUCGCAGCUGGGUGCUAUGCUAUCUGUUCCCCACUCUGCUCCAACGUUGAAGUCGGCGACAAGGUCUGUCAGCGCAAAUGCUGGAACGCCGCAUGCCAGUGGGAUGGCAACGACUGCGCGAACGGCGGGUCCCAGUAG